UGCUUUCAGAAUUACAUUAUCGUGAAGAGGCAAGUCUGAAGAGCUUCGUUUCCACCGUCGACCGAAUUUUUUCACUUCAGGAGAAUUCAAGUUGCUGUUCAAAUAUUUCUUCUGAAGUAUUUAAGAUAGAAAAAUAUAGGGGAAAAAUCAUGUCCGAACACAGCAGGAAUUCCGAUCAAGAAGAACUCUUUGACGGGGAGAUUGAUGAAGAUGAAAUCUUGGCCCAUUUGUCUCCUGAAGAGUUGAAAGAACUGCAAUCAGAAAUGGAAGUCAUGGCCCCUGACCCCAGGCUUCCUGUGGGAAUGAUCCAGAAAGAUCAAACUGACAAGCCACCAACAGGAAACUUCGACCAUAAGUCUUUGGUUGACUAUAUGUAUUGGCAGAAGGCAUCUAGACGCAUGCUGGAAGAUGAACGUGUUCCUGUCACCUUUGUGCCAUCUGAGGAAAAUACUCAAAAGCAACAUGAAGAACUAGACAAAGGAAAUAAAAAUAUGUCCCAGUAUUUAAAAGAAAAGCUCAAUAGUGAAAUUAUUGCAAAUAAUAUAAAACUAAAGGGCAGUAACAGAGUCCAAAAACCAGAUAAGUAUGAAAGUGAAGAUAAUGAAAAUAAUAGCGAAGAAAGGGAUGAAAAAACAAAAAGAGAAGAGGAAGACGUAAAGGAGCAAAUAAUCAGAAAUGGUGAGAGCAACAGCCAACACAUAAACAAUAAGGCACUUGAAAAGCAGAAUGACAGGCCAGAGGCCCAAGAAAAAAGUGUGAAAAAAAUAUCCAAAUUAGAUCCUAAGAAGUUAGCCCUAGAUACCAGUUUUUUGAAGGUGAGUGCAAGGCCUUCAGGGAAUCAAACAGACCUGGAUGCGAGCUUGAGACGUGUCAGACAGAACGAUCCUGACAUGACAGAACUCAAUCUGAAUAACAUCGAGAACAUCCCCAAAGAAAUGUUAUUAGACUUUGUCAAUGCGAUGAAGAAAAAUAAGCAUGUCAAAACCUUCAGCCUAGCGAAUGUCGGUGCAGAUGAGAAUGUCGCAUUUGCUUUGGCUAACAUGCUGCGUGAAAAUAGAAGUAUUACCACUCUCAACAUCGAGUCCAAUUUCAUCACCGGUAAAGGCAUUGUGGCCAUCAUGAGGUGUCUCCAGUUUAAUGAGACACUCACCGAACUGCGGUUUCACAAUCAGAGGCACAUGCUGGGCCACCAUGCCGAAAUGGAAAUAUCCCGCCUCUUAAAGGCCAACAAUACUCUCCUGAAGAUGGGCUACCAUUUUGAGGUGCCGGGCCCCAGAAUGGUGGUAACCAACCUGCUCACCAGGAAUCAGGAUAAACAAAGGCAGAAAAGACAAGAAGAACAAAAGCAGCAGCAACUCAAAGAGCAGAGGAAAUUAAUAGCCAUGUUAGAGAAUGGGUUGGGGCUGCCACCUGGGAUGUGGGAGAUGUUGGGAGGACCAAUGCCAGACCCAAGAAUGCAGGAAUUCCUCCAGUCUCCUCAGUCUGCAAACCCCCAGGCCGUCGCCUUUGGUCGACAAAAUGAGAUGAUGAAAAAUCAGUCGCAGCCUCCGCAGUACAGGACAGACCCUGACUCCUUCCGGGUGGUGAAGCUGAAGAGGAACCAGCGCAAAUCUCGGAUGCCAGAAGCCAGAGAUCCACAGGAGAAAACCAACCUCAAGGAUGUCAUCAAAACCCUCAAGCCAGUGCCGAAAAAUAGGCCACCUCCCUUGGUGGAAAUCACCCCCAGAGACCAGCUCUUGAAUGAUAUUCGUCAGAGCAAUGUCGCCUAUCUUAAACCUGUCCAACUGCCAAAAGAACUGGAGUAAGAAGCAACACAAUAGGCUAGAAGAAGAAAUUAAAAUACUGACUCUCGACUUAGCUCUUUCUUGAAGGCUAUUUCAGUGGCAUAUUUCUGGAUCCAGGGGGUAUAAUGGGGAGCAAUGCUAGCAUCUGAUGUGGGUGUUUUAUAAAAGACAAAAUGCUUGGUCUCUGACAAAAUAGCCUGAAGAGGAAGGUGGAAACAACAUUUUUUACUUCUGAUCAGUUUAAGUGACUUAGGUAAAAGUAAGAGUCAUGCUUCUAGCAGCAGAAACUCUAAAACAAGUUUUUCCCAAACACUGGAUUUGCUGUUGCUUUCUUCUAAUUAAUAACAGUAUAGAAUAUACAUACAUAAGCAUAUUUAUGUAUAUCCUUCCAUGUCCUCUGCUAUAAUUCACCACAGAGGGAACAAAUCAUGUUUCUCUUUACAGAAAUGUGAAGUUCUUCAGAACUUCCUCUUGAUGCUUUGAAAUGGAAGAAUUAUUAAUUACCUCUUUUCUGGACAACAACUGGAAAUUAUAUUUCCGGCUCUGAUUGAUUCUCUUUCUUGGUUAUUUCCCUGUUACUUGAGGGUAAACUUAAAGUAGGGGUACUUUGAAAAGCAGAAUCCAGAAAAGCGAAUACAGAAGAAAACCUAUGCGCGUGCACAUGCACGUGCGCACGCGCAUACACACACACACACACACACACACACACACACACACACAAAAUGGACUGCUUUUUCAAAAAGUUAUAAAUAAUAGAGAAACACUAUUUAUUUUAUCUGUCUUGUCUCUUUUUAGAUUAGUCAGUGAACUUAAUUUUAUCUAAAUGCACUCCCCAAAAAUAGAAAAUCGAAGGGUCAAUUUGAGCCCUCAUCCUGUCACUUACUGAGUAGCACAUUUCUAAGUCACUCUUAUUUGCCAUGAUCUUUUAUUCUCCUCCAUCAAAAGCCUCAUGCAUAUCCUGUGCCUUUGCUCUCAGUAAUUUUUCUACUCCACCAAAAAAAUUCCCCUCCAGUUUCCCAUUUAUGAAAGUCCUAACAACUUUUAGGUCAGAGUUAGGUUCUAACCCUCCACUAAACACCUUGCAGACUCUAACCCCAAAGUUCUUUCCUCCUUUCACAUACCUCUAACCUUUUAGUAUCUGUUCUAGUCAGCAGAUGCAGAGAAUUGGAAGCUUUUUGGUAGGGAAUAAAUCCUAGAAAUCAGGAGAUCCGUGCUUUGGCCCUUGAUCUCUUCUGUACCUGAGGGAGUGAUCAGCACCUGUCUUUGUUUCUCCUUUUACAUAUUCAUCGGCCGUCAUUAGCAGGGAAACUAGUCUGGGAGUAACUGCACAAAGAUAAGUAACACAUAUAUUUGAAGAAAAAGCCUUGGGAAUAAACAUGGCAUUUGUUUUUAAAACAUAAUGUAGCAUAUACAGAGAUGUCGAUGUUUAGCAGAUACACUUUUCAAUCAAGUAACUAAUUUUAGAAUAACCAACAGCUGACAGUUUUGUUUUAGCCUCUUCUAUUUCUAGAAAACAUUCUCGCACACAAUGCAGGAAAGGUAAGAAAGGGUUUCAGGGCCGGAGAGAGUAGUAGUAGGUAGGGUGCUUGUCUUGCAUGCAGCCCACCCAGGUUUGACCCCAGGUCAAAAUGGUCUUCUGAGCCCUGCUGGGAGCAAUCUCUGAGCGCAGAGCCCAGACUAAGGCCUGAGCACAGCCCUGAAAAAUAGGAAAACUUCUGGAAGGGUGAGCCACACCUGGUACUCUGGGUCUACUCCUGGCUCUCCACUCAGGAAUCGCUCCUGGUGGGGCUCGAGACACCUUACUGGGUACCAGGAAUUAAAUCCACAUUGGCCACAUGCAAGGCAAACGCCCUACCCGCUUUCCUACCAAUAAUAUUUAUAGGAAAUCAAAACGGGCAAGAAGCAGAAUGGGCAAUAUAAAUUGUCUUAGUGAUAUUAAACACUUCUUGGAGGCUCAGGAGAGACCGUGUGGCCAAAGCUGGGUCCAUCCACAGUACUGUCAGGGGUCACGACUGAGCACAGCGCCAGGAAUAGCUCUGGAGCACUGCCAGCUUUGCCCUGGCACCUCCGCAAUGAAUACUUUAAUCUUAGCUGCACAAAAAGGGGAAGAUCGUCUAAAUUUACAGUUUACUGCCUUAAUACAGGUUUCCACUGCUAUCUGAAGGUAGACUGUUUAUUUGGUAUGAUAUGGGAAGUUAUCUUUGGGGCCUGGAAUGCUAUUGCCACUCAUUUUUACAGAAAAAAAGUUCAGUGCUCCUAAAAACAACAACAACAAAAUACUCAAGAAUCAAAUUAUGCCAAAUAGGGAUGUUCCACUUCCAUAUACCAAGGAAAACUUGUAGUUUUUGUCGAGACAGUCAAAGCAGUUCAUAUUAUGCUUCUCAACUCACCAAUUUCUUCACCAAGAAUACAAUAUUUUAGUUGAACAAUUUAUGGGUUCUUAUGCUACAUUUUUCUACUAUCCUUCCAAAGAUGAUCACUGUAAUUGAAGUGGAGUAAUCAAGUUUCUUAAAAUUCAAGUAGUCAUUUUCUCCAAAUUUACUAGUGUACAGAAUCCACCUGGUAGAAAACGAAAGGUGUGGGCUGGAGUAACAGUACAGCCCGUGGGGUGCUUGCACGCAGCCAACCGGGGUCCAAUCCCUGGUAUCUCACAUAGUUUCCAGGGCACCACCAGGAGUGAUCCUUGAGUGUAGAGCCAGAGUGAGGCCCGAAUACCUUCAGGUGUGACCCCAAAACUGUGUGUUGGAAAGAGAGAAGAAAAUGUAUAGAAACCUGUGUCCAUUUUGAAAAAGAUCUAAUUGUUCAAUUUAAUUCUGGAUGAAGAUUAAUGAGAUAUUAAAGUCUUAUUCACCAGUGUUUGACUCAUGUUUCUUUUUUUUUGGGGGGGGAGGGCCACUUCCUGCAGUGUUCAGGGGUUAUUCGGGGGACCAUAUGGAAUGCCAGGAAUUGAACCUGGGAUGGCCAUGUGCAAGGCAAAUGCCCCACCUGUUGUACUAUUCACUCCAGCUCUUCAUCUCAGUAUUUGAAACACAGCUGAGUGUUUGUUAUAUGAUCUAUCCUCAUUGCUUCAGUCCAGUCUAUCAAGUUUCUUUAUAUAAUUCAACAGAAAUGUCCAUGAAAUAAAAUCUCACAAAACAUCAUUGAUAAUUUUAUUUUUCACAUUUGGGCAAGGGUACAAAUUCUAGAACUAUGUCUUUGAAAUCAGAGUGAUACCAUUGUGCUAGAAAAGAAAUCUGUGCAGAUUGGUCAAGAAAAUAAAACGCAAGAAAAGUCAGGAGCAGUGAACAUACAUUGCUUCUUAUCCUAGCACAUACAAGGGAGUCAUCAGUAAAUACUGCUCCAGUGGUCUUCAUGACUGAAAUGCGAAGCAAACCUAAUUGUUUUCUAUUCACUUAUGAUAUCACUCAACAGGCAAGUGAAACAUUUAUAUACUCUAUUUCUAAAUAUGUGGGAAAUAAAAGGAAGACAGCAACAGAAUAUACAAACUCAUGCUAUCUUAAUUCUAGGGUCUACCUACAAAAACAUAGUUGUAGCAAUUGCUAUCUAAAAUGUUUCUGGUCAUCAUAAAAUUUUUGAGCUGCAAAAACCGGGGGUUAUUCCCAUUUCAUUCACAUUUUAAAAGGCUGUGCUUUUUUUUCUUUCGUUAUCUAAAGAUGCUUUUUGGACUUUAAGAGAUCAGCAAUACUUGUCCUUUAUAUGCAUCUAAGCACCUAAUAAAAUGUGCAUUCAUUUCCUUAUUUCUAAAUGUCCCAGUUAAAUACUAAACAAUGAAAAAAUAUAGAAAACAUUCUUUUAGACACCUUUUGUCAUAAUAACAACAAAAAAUGUGCAAUUUAAACAGAACUUGUUUCAUUUUAUUUGCUUUUUAACAGACUCUCAAGGAUAAUACAGCCUCCAUAGUUGAAGCCUCCUUCAAGAAGAUAACAUUUAGUUUGCAACGAAUUAUCUACUAGUGAAAACACAUUUCUAGCAUUUCAAAAAUUUACAAAAAUUUGACAAAAUAUUCUCCUAAGCAACUAUCUUUAUUUUUGUAAACAAAAUAUAAACAACUAGUUUAUCCAGUUUCCACUGCAUAUCAAACAUGUGGGCAGAGUGAGAAAGAUAAUCUGAUUCUGAAAGGAAAACAAUAAAAUCUAAGCUAAUUUACACCCCACAUAUCAUAUCCUAUUUUACUUUUGAGGAGGAUGCUGGAGGGAUUACAACAGGCUACUGCAUGGCUCUAUCUACUUUGUUGGUUUUUUUU